AUGGCUCUCUACGAUACCUGCGAUGGUAACUGGGAAAACCUUGCCGAUGCCUCCCACUUGGAUAUUAAUGAUGUUGAAUCAUUCCUGGACUAUGCAGCAAUUUUUCUGUCCAACAUGGGCAAUUAUUUUGGAGCCGGUGACCAGAAGUUUAUCCCAUCCAUUUCCAAGGACAAGGUUGCUCAAUUAGCAAGCUCCGCUGGUACUGGCGCAACUUCUCUGUGGGAGCAAAUUCAAGGAUUAAUGUUUCAAUUACCACCUUUUGGGCUAGGGCCUCCGGGAAAGCUUACUCAGAGCUCAUAUUAUCCGGGAAUGGAAGAGCGCUUUUUUCACGAAGAUACAUUGCUGGUCUCAGGCAUCAUGAAUGAGUUAUCUAUACUUCCGGAAAACACGCGACUUAUGAGAGUUACCGGAGCAGAAGGUAUCGAGACACUGGAUAUUCUCCAGGCAUCGGAAAAUGAAAAUAUUUUGACAUGCAACCAUACGAACACUGCCUUCGCUAACAAAACAAUUCGAUUGAAAACUGGAGAUCACGCAAGAGAACUUCUGCAGAUCAAUGUCUAUUUACGGAAAGCCCUCGAUUACGUCUCUAAUUCAUCACAGUAUGAAAUGAUUCAAAAAACUAUAGACAGCUUUACAACUGGAGAUAUCUCAAGCUACAAGGAUGCUCAAAGGGUUUGGGUGAAUGAUAAAAGUCCAUGUGUCGAGACAGUCCUUGGAUUUAUUGAACCUUACCGAGACCCACUGGGAAUUAGGUCUGAAUUUGAAGGGAUCGUUGGUAUUUUCGACGCGGACGAAUCAAAGGUUUUGAAUGAAUUGGCGGAAAUUUCUAAUGAAUUAGUUUGUAAUCUCCCAUGGGUCAACAGCCAUGAAGCCAGCAAAGGGCCCUUUGAGAAAGAAAUAUUCGAGGCCCCGGACUUUUCCAGUGUCCAGAGCCUGGUUUAUUGCUCGAGCAUCGUUUUUCCGGGUAUCAACCUUCCCAAUUACAAUGACAUACGCCAGGAGACUGGAUACAAGAACAUCAUUUUUUAUAGUCGCAUGAAGGCAGAGAGCCAGCGAGACAGGGGUCUCCACUUGAUUGAUGCGUCAGAACAAGAGAUAUUCAAGAAGCAUCGAUUCCACGCAUAUUACAUAUGGGUAGUACUCCACGAGAUUCUCGGCCAUGGAACCGGGAGGUUUCUAUCCGAGACCAGUACAGGAAAAUAUAACUUCAAUCCAGAAAGUCCGCCCGUGAACCCUGUCACAGGCGAGCCAAUUCAAACUUGCUAUCGACUUGGCCAAACGUGGACCAGCGUGUUCGGGGAUCUUUCUACGACUGUUGAUGAAUGCAGAGCCGAACUUGUUGGUGCAUAUUUGAUCGAUGAUCCAAGAGUUUUGGCUUUAUUCGGCCACACUGAACGCGCGCUUGUUACGCCGGAUGAUUUGGUCUAUAAUUUAUACCUACAAUUGGGGACUGACGGCCUUCGGGGAUUGCAAAAUUACGAUACCUCUACGCAGGGAUGGGGUCAAGCCCACAGCCGCGCACACUACGCCAUACUUAGACAUCUUUUGAAAGAUGCGAACGGUCUCUAUACAAUUCUUUGCGAUUCGCAGCAAGGCAAACUGACAGUGAAGGUUGAUCGCGCCCGUAUCAUCCGACAUGGAAAGCCUUCCCUGGGUCGCAUGCUAUUAAAAUUACAUAUCUAUCGUUGCACUGCAGACGUUGACAAUUGCCGCAAGUUCUAUGAAGACCUUUCUCGCGUGGAUGACGAAGCUUUGAAGUGGAGAGAUAUCAUAACUGCCAAGCAAGAUCCACCAUUGGUCUUCUCGCAAGCAAAUACAUACCUAGACGCGGAAGGUAUCACGAUUCGAGAAUACGAAGCAUCAACUAGAGGUGUAAUUCAGAGUUGGGCUGAGCGGGAUAUUAAUUGA